CCGUGCUUGUGCCGCCGGUGUCCGCCAGGCGGCGGUGUCUCCGUACACUCGGAUGCCAGAGCAGGUGCGCCGAGGUGAGGCAUCGAGGAGAGCUCGGGUUUUUCCGUCGCGGCUCGGCAGAGAACCGCUGUGGAUGUGGGAAUGCGGUUGCCGGAGACAGCGGGCAUUGCUGGACACUCGGCGGAGAUGUGCGUACAGAAACAGGAGUCCUCAGCGGGUGGCUGUCGUCCAAGUUAACGGGCUGUUUUGGGGGAUGUGUGUGGCAGCCACGGACGGCUGGGUGUUGCUCGCCACGGUUCCCCCCCCCCUAUUUUUGCCGGGUAUCUUCAGGGAGACGGAAUGAGAGAGAAGCCAAGGAGGAUUCCCCAGCACUAUGGAGCCACGCAUUGCAGGCAGCUGUGAAAGGUGACAGUGAAAUGAAAAGCAUCUGACCCUCAACUAUAAACCUUUACCUGGUGCUGCUGCACAUCGGAGUGACAAUACGUAACAGUAUCAAGAUACUGUACUCACCAGAUCUACAAAUGUUCCACAAUUGUGGAGUUUGUGAAGCCAACAGCAGCAUCAUGUUCUACGGUUCUUCCUCUGGGGCCAGUAUGUCCCUACCGUCCAAGAGCCGCCUGAAACGCCAGAGCAGGACCUUCACACAGGUCCUGUACCGUACUCUAAGUUACAGAGAUCGUGUCCCAGUAGAAACUGGGACAAACACUCGUGUGGAUCGACGCUCGACGACUGAACCCCCAGAGCGACCGGCGGACGACCCUGCUGAACUCUCCACGCAGAGCUCAGCCCCCGGGGUGCUAAAGAUUUUUGGAGAUGAAAUUUGUGCCGGUGCCAACUACAAGAGCAUCCUGGCCACGCCGCGCUCCAGUGCGCAGGAGCUGGUGAAAGAGGCACUCGAGCGUUACUCUCUCAACAAGAACGCUGCCCACUCUUACGUCCUGUGUGACGUGAUUGGGCGUUUGGAGGGGGGAGGCGGGAUAGGAGGAGGGGGUUGGCGAACUGAAUGUUUGCGUGCGAUGGGGGACAAUGAAAAGCCACUGUUGCUCCAAGAGCUUUGGAAACCCAGAGAAGGGCACGCUCGCAGAUUUGAGCUGCGCAGGAGAGCAGAGGUGGAGGAAUUCAACGCCAAGGAGAAGGACACCAUCACUGCUGAUAUUAAUGCUCAGGCUCGUAAGCUCCAGAGGAACAGGGCGAAGGGGACGCUGACCCUGCCCCGGUCUAGCAACUCAUCCUUCUGCCGCAGCCUCAGCGAGACCAGCCUCAACCAGCUGGGAGUCGGAGAUGAGCCCAAGCGUCAUUACUCCACCCUGCCAGGGCCCUUAAGGGGUCGAGAACGUGAGGCGGCUUCCAGCGGCCGGAGGAAAGAGGAGGGGAGUCAGGGAGGAGGAGGGGUGAGGCACUCGCUUUACCAGUCCCCACACCUCCUGCUGCUACAGGGAUACAAUCGGCAGGACUGUUUGGUGUACCUGCUGAACAGAGAGCAGCACACAGUCGGCCAGGAGACUCCAUCAGCUCGCCCCAACAUCUGCCUCUUCUCUCCUGACAUCCUGCCCCUCCACUGCCGCCUGCGCCGAGUCCCUGCGCCCCGUCGUAAUGCCAACAGCAACAACAAGGGAGAGGAGCUGGGGGAGAGCCAGCGGUCCUGUGUUGCAGUUGAGCCGGUGCUCCACGCCACAGUUCUGGUGAACUUUUCCCGCUGCGAGCGCUCCACCACGCUGCGACACGGUGACCUCCUCUCCUUCGGAGCACAUUACAUCUUCCUGUACAAGGACCCCACAGGCGCUAAGCCUUUGCCUGCUCAGACCCUGGCACGCCUUCGCUCCCUGGGGCAGCUUUACGAUGUAGGGGUGGAGGAGGGAGAGGGCAGCGCUCAGACUUGUAAGAUGUGUGGUUCUGUGCUGAAGGACAGAGCAGCGGUGUCGAGUGUUCCUGCAGUCAGACGCAGCUUCAAACCUCACCUGGUAAAACCCCGCAGCGGGGGGCCGGCAGCGGUAGGGCCCCUUAGUUUGUCAGGAGGGGAAGGAGGAGGAAGAGGAGGAGGAUUAGGAGGAGGAGGAGGUCAGAAAAGAAGGCUACAGUUGGACUUUGACCAGGCUCAUGAAGACCAGCUGUUGAACAGGAUUGUGUCUCUCAUAGAACCUGGAGGAGACGACCAUAAGCUGACACCUGCCUACCUGCUGUGUCUGUGCAUACAACACUCUGCUUCGACCUUUCCACCUGGGAGUUUUGGAAAACUGCUGCUCAAGAUAGUCCGGCGAAUCCAGACCAUUGCAUGGGAGAGGACAAAGGAGCUGGCUCAGAAGCAAGCUCAGCACCAGGACCCGGCCUCCUUGUCUCUGCUCAGUAUCUCAGACUUGAUCCCAGACCUGCAGACAAUCUUCUUCUGGAUGUCUAACUCCAUCGAGAUCCUCUACUUCAUACAGCAAAGAGCACCAGCGUACACACACAGCAUAGAGACACUGCAAGGCUCAAAGGAGUCGUUGCUAUCGGCUACCAUAUCAGCCAACGAGGAGGCAAUGACUAUCUUGGAAGAAGUGAUCAUGUACACUUUCCAGCAAUGUGUCUACUAUAUCACCAAGGCUCUUUAUGUAGUGUUACCAGGUUUGUUGGACUGUAAUCCAUUCCCAGUCGACAACUCUGAGCCCUGCUGGAAAGGAGGUGUAGGGUUUCCUGAACCUGUGCGCAGGGUCCUGCAGGUGUUUCAGAACGGCCAGGAGCUUUUGCAGGGCUUCCAGGUUCACCCGGAGAUUCAGGCUCAGAUGUUCGCUUACCUCUUCUUCUUCUCCAACGUGUCGCUGUUUAACCAGCUAAUGGACAAAGGUCCAUCUCGGGGUUGGUUCCAGCGCUCAAAGGUGUUGCAGAUUCAGGCUUGUUUGCGGAUGGUCAUGGAGUGGGCGAGCAAGUCCGGUCUGGGACAUCUGGCUGACAAAUUCUUUACUAAACUCAACAGCACUGUGUCCAUACUGGCCACGCCCCCACAACAGCUCACACAGUUGAGUUGGCGAGCUUUGUCCAGUGAACACCCGGCACUGAAACCUGUCCAGCUGCACAGGAUUCUCACCCAGUACCAGCUCACAGGAGAGAUAGGCCCCGUCCCAACAUGGCAACCCAGCAGCGAGGAUGAGGCGUAUAUAUACAGAACAGUGGACCUCCUGGAGAGCUUUGAGAACCACCCUCCCAUAGUGCUGCCCAGCUCCGGCUUUAGAGUGGACCUAGACAGCGAGUGUGUGGAAGACAGCGUCUACAGACAGCUGCUCUACAUCCGCCACUACCUGUGGGGGCUACGCACCAAGACGCAAGCACACACCAACACUCCCAGUGUGCACACACACUCCAACGGAACCAACACAGCUGACUGGCCUGACGUUCAGAGGGAGCUGUUGCCUCCGGCCCACAGCAGUCCUCGCUCUGGGGGUCCUGGGGACGAGGUGGCGGCAGAGACGGGAGAGGAGAGACGACGGGACAGACCCCCAGGCCAAUCACACACACACAGCCUCAGAAGGAACGGCACCAUCCACCACACUCGGGCAGCAAAUCCAGACCCAUCCUGCCUGUUGACGCCUCCCAACACCCCGUUGUACCCGGAUGGAGGAGGAGGAGGAGGAGGACAUGUCAUAGGCCCCAACACACAGACUAACGGCUGCACCAGCAGAACUGUGGCAGAGUGUAAGACCAAUGGACUCAUCACCAACGGACUGGAGGGGUGUAUUAGUGGGUGUGAGUUUCCUUUCCCUGUAUCCUCCCUUGGCGCCCCUCCCCUUCCUGAUGACUUGUGUGUGGUGUUUGUAGUGGAACUGGACAAGGGACCCUACGGACUGGGCAUGGGACUCAUAGACGGCCUGCACACUCCUCUCAACGCUCCAGGCAUUUACAUCCGGACUCUGAUCCCUGACGGACCUGCUGCCUCCGACGGCAGACUGAGAAUCGGAGAUCGCAUCCUGGCUGUGAACGGGACAAGUCUGAUAGGAGCAGACUACCAGAGCGCGGUGGAUCUGAUACGUCUGGGAGGAGGUCGCCUACGUUUCCUGGUGGCCAAGUCCGACCCCGACGUCUCCGAGAAGAUCAGUGCCUCCUCCUGCUGACCACCUCUGAGCAACCGCUGCGCCGCACAACACACUACCCGGGACUGGAGUGUUGGGACAGCAAGACAACGAGGGAUACAGAUAGUGUGCACUGCUGAACAGCAAACACACAAACACACACCCAUGCAUACAUACGUGGCAUGAAAUAUGAAUGUGAAACCUAGCAACAGCACAAAGCCAAGCAAUCAAAGUGGAGAUAACGCUCCAUGACUCCACCCUACAGCUGCCAGACCUGCUUCCCUCGCGCUGACUCCUACUGGGUUUGCGUAACGGACAGAAUCCGUAACCCACCGCGACAUCAAAGGAAUAUGCUGCGAGGAAAAUUUGCCUAAUUAUUCAGCGUUUGAGGUCUAACCAGCCCCUAUGCAGUGUGAUGUUGUUUAAAGCACAGUAGAUUUUAGGGUUUUAAUUUCUCUUCAGUCAGCGCUCGGAGCAUGUGCGCUCAUUGGCCUUUUUCCACCUGUAUUUUAGAAUUAUUUGUAUUAGUAAUUCAGACAUUAAGUAGCGUGGUGAAAUAGCUACCCAGCUCUCAGACAAAGGGAGUCAAACUGAAAAUGUACUACACAAGACGAGAGCCUCAGUAAACAGCGGAUGUUUUACACAGUGCUUUUAGAGUGGAAUGUUUUAUAAUCAUGUUUGUUAGCAACUCCCAAAGCACGAUCACUGUCUGCUCAACAGACUAAGCGAUUGUGUAUGAAUGUUGACUUUUGUACUGGAGAGUGGGUGGAAGAGGGAAGAGGAAGCAAACUCAAGACAUACAGCCCAGCCCCCCGAUUUAACCUCCUCACUGGACUUAUACCUCAACUGGAAAACAGAUGAGCUAUUGAGGCUCGGCCUGCACGGGGGACGUGCAGCUGUUGUGGGACAUUGUUUAUUAACAUGCUUCAGUCCAGAGUUUCUGAUGCACAAUCUUGUUGUGUUAUAACCAGACUUUUGUUGUGAAUAUACGGUAUGCUAUAUGUAUCUGGAGUUGUAAAUAGUAGUUUGUAAAUAUUUAACAUUUGGUCUUAUAUUGUUUGGACAUUUAAGAGAAGCUGCAUUUGGGGAACUACUCAAUACUUUUUUUCUGAAAUAUAUUCAUCAAUUAACACUGCAACCUACCGAUGGGAAAAAAAGAAACGAUACUUUCAUGAAUACAACUUGUGCACUGCAGAACUGCUCAAACAGGUAGUUAGCUGCACUUUAGCUUCAAGGGUAACUACACCCAAAUUAUAGAAAAUGUUUAUUUAACUUCCAGUGGUAUCUAGCUUUUUCUUUCUUUUUUUUUUUACUUUUCUAGGUUUUGAGAUACUUGUGUCUCUGAGAUGUUUGCCUCCAAUUCCUCCUGGUUGUUCACAGCAUUGUCAAAUUACAUUUAAAACAUUCAACAGCAGUUAUUGAGACCUAGCGUCCCAGUUGAUAAUCUACUGACCUCACUAUGGCCUUAUUUCUUUGAUAUAAAGUAGUCCCAAUGAAAAACUGUUCACUGUGGGAGCAGUGGAUUAUGCUGAGUAACUGCGACAUUUUUGUUUUUUUACAGCAUCUUCUGUGAGCACAAACAUUCACCUCCAUUGUAUUGGGGUGGAGGCAAAAAUCUCAGACAUAUAAUCUAGGCAAGAAAAACCAAACCAAACCUAUCAGCAAGGCUAGCUAGCAGACAGACUGUUUCCAUGUACUUUGGCUGUACUGGCCCCUUAAAAAGAGGUCCAGCUAGAACAAUAACAGGUCACCUUUUAAAAAGUCCUUAAUGCAAAGCAUAGGUCACUACAGAAAAACAAGCCAUGCUUAGUCACUUCUAUGCUGCCUGGCCUUCUGUUCUGACCUCAGCUCAGUAGAGCUCCCCUGAGACACCCCUGGAUUAAUUUAUGAUUAACACAAUGGUUACAAUUUUAGUCCAAAUAUUGUUUCUUUUUUCCAUCAGCUUUGUUAUACUCUCCACUUUUGAUUCUGUUCAUUUCUUUGCAGUACAUUUUAUUUUUGUGGGUCUUAAGGGUUGUAUUACAUUGAUCUCAUGCAUGUAUAUUCUCUGUUAAUUAUUUAUACGGUUAAAAAAUGAUGGUACUUAAGAAUAAAGAUUGUUGGA